GGAUACAGCAGCAAUUCAUGUUUUGAAGUGCUCUAAAUGGUUCAAAACGUGAAGUGCUGCUAUACCCCCUUGUGGGGAAGGAAGAAGGUGGGAUAUGCCGGACCGAGUUCCUGCCACCAGGUGCCCGCUCCCCACCAGGCCGGCUCAGAAGCAGGCUUCCCUCUGGAGCCAGAAGGAAGCCCGGUGCCAGCCAGCCUUCCCGAAGGACUAAGCCCGCACCAUCCGGCUUCCUCCAGUGGGCGCCUGCAGGACCCAGGAACACUACAUCAACACUCUUGGCGGGGAUGUGGACACAGAAGACUCCUGUUUCAAGAAAAUACAAUCAUCUCUCAAAGGCUGUAAUUUAUAUGCAUUUUAAAACUCUAGGCAUUGAAAACCACCCAAGUGUCCCAAAUAGAAGGGUAAAAUAUAAUCAGUCACUCAGUGUAAUAUUAUACAUCCUUUAAAAACGUUAUUGGAAAAUGUUUUAUGAUCUGUAAGUCCAAGGAAUCCUCUCCCACCAUUUCUUUCUCCCCACUGUUCCCCCAUACCCACACUUCUUUGUUCCAAUUGGCAUGUAAACUUGGUUUUCCCGCCAAAUGAGUCAGUCAUGAUGGGAACGUCAAUUGAUUUGAACAGAUGUGUGUCAAUGUUACUUGGAAAACUAGAUGCCAAUAACCAGGGCCACAGAAAAAGGCAGUGGUUGCAACUCUGUAAAAAUUUAUGCAUGCACACAGACAAGGACUAAAGUGGAACCCCACACAGGAAAACAGUGGGCUGUACCCCUGUGCUGGGACAUUGAAUGACUGUAUUCUGCUUUUGAUUUUCGUUAAUAUGGGCAACUGUCCAAUUAAAAAAACUCCUAAGGA